GGAAUCUACUUCGCUAUGCUUCUAGCGGGUGUCGGUUUUCUUUUGCCAUACAAUAGCUUUAUCACGGACGUUGAUUACCUUCAUCACAAAUACCCAGGGACCUCUAUCGUGUUUGACAUGAGCCUGACCUACAUUUUAGUAGCCUUGGUUGCGGUCAUUCUCAACAACGUCCUGGUCGAAAUGUUGAGUCUUCACACCAGGAUCACCGUGGGUUAUCUCUUCGCUUUGGGUCCUCUUCUCUUUGUGAGCAUCUGCGACGUGUGGCUCGAUCUCUUCUCCCAGCGCCAAGCUUAUGCGGUCAAUCUUAUGGCGGUGGGCGUGGUGGCCUUUGGUUGCACAGUGCAGCAAUCCAGUUUCUAUGGUUACACCGGGAUGCUACCGAAGCGGUACACUCAAGGAGUGAUGACGGGAGAAAGUACUGCUGGGGUCAUCAUCUCCUUAAGUCGCAUCUUCACCAAGCUUCUUCUGUCUGAUGAGAAGGAGAACACCAUGAUCUUCUUCUGCAUCUCCAUUGGCCUGGAGCUCUCUUGCUUCCUCCUCCACCUCUUGGUGAAGCGCACCUUCUUCGUCAGGUAUUACACCUCCCGAUCCCAGAAGAGGGCCUCUGAGUUGAAAGAGCCGAUGGACAAUGGCACCGGAUACAGGGUCCACCACGACGUCACAGCAGAAGACAUCCGCUUUGAGAAUCGGCCUCCCAGAGAAAACGCAUCUCCUCCCGACACCUUUGGGGAUGCUGGGGAUCUGGCUGGCAGUGGCGCCUACGUUAGAUUUGACGUCCCUCAAGCGGAAAUCAAACGGAGUUGGCCGAGCUUCAGAGACAUGAUGCUCCAUCGCUACGUCGUCUCGCUCGUGAUCUGGACCUACAUGCUCUCCAUCGCUGUGACUUACUUCAUCACCCUCUGCCUCUUCCCUGGGCUGGAAUCGGAGAUCCGGAACUGCACUUUGGGGGAAUGGCUCCCCAUCCUCAUCAUGGCCGUCUUCAACCUCUCUGAUUUCGUGGGCAAGAUUUUGGCGGCGUUGCCGUAUGACUGGAGGGGAGUCCACCUCCUUCUCUGCUCCUGCCUGCGAGUGGUCUUCAUCCCGCUGUUUAUCCUCUGCGUCUACCCCAAUGGGAAGCCCACCUUUAGCCACCCAGCAUGGCCCUGCAUCUUCUCCCUCCUGAUGGGCAUCACCAACGGCUACUUCGGCAGCGUCCCCAUGAUCCUGGCGGCCGGGAAAGUCAGCCCUGAGCAGCGGGAAUUGGCGGGUAACACCAUGACGGUCUCCUACAUGACGGGGCUGACCCUGGGCUCCGUGGUAGCCUACUCUGCCUACAGCCUGGCCAGCACUUCUCCCAGUCCCUGUCUCUACCCAGGGAACUACACGGCCUCGGUUCUAGAUGGGAACUGACCGGACAAUGAAUGGAGCACCAAUGCCUAGGAGCGCCAGGCAAGAUGGCAGGGUAGGGGGAAGAGAGCCCGUGACUCGAUGCCUGCUGCGGGCACAGCCCUAGAUCCUUCUGGAUCCGCAUGGAAAACCCCAAGCCACGUCUUUACCCAAUGACCAUGUGUAUGAUACCCAUACCCAUCCUUGCGUGGGUAUGACCCAUGUGGCUAUUCUGCUGCGCAGGUUGGGCGCCGUUCCUGUUCUUUUCCAAUCAGAUUUCGGGCCAGGACGUUUCUUUCUCCAGUGGAUAGUUGCGUGUCCUCUACAGCUGUCCCCAGCAGCCCCCAAAUCCAUCGGUCAGAAUAGCAUCUUACCCAUUGUCACGAAGGAGACAUCCUUUAGCUGUCUCUUGCUCAGUUGUUUUAUUUUAUUUUUAAUAGCUGCUCGGUUAACACGCGUCCGUCUCCGAUAAAAAGGUGAAUUCCCAGACUUUGAGGCAGGCUAAGGGAGAGGGAUUUUUGCACAGCUCGCUGGGAUUUUAGGGAGCAAAGGAGAAAAUGGGUUGAAAAAUUUUUGGAGGUUGAAUCGUAUCAACUGGACUUAUUUUCCUUGUUAGGUUAAUGAAAACAAGGACUAGGGGGGUGACAUGAUCCAGGGUCUGAGGAGCUGCCCCAAAGAAGAGGCAGUCAAGCUAU